GGGACGGGGGGACGGGGGGGGGACAUUCUGUCUGUAGUUUAAUCCUGCUGACAGACAGAACAAACGGACAGGGGUGAAGACAGAAUUUGCAUGGUGUAGGUAAUCAUCCAGGUGCCCCCCCCCAGCAGAUUUGACAGGAGGAUUAACAUCAUCUCCCUGUAUCAUUCGGUUUUACUAUAAACUGCACUGAUCUGUGGGGUGGGUCUGUUUUAAAGUCAGUGCCACAUCGUGUUCACAUAGAUCAGAACAUUAGAUUGUUGGUGUGAAUAAAAGCAAAAUACAAACGGAUUCUGAUAAAAUGUAGAAGCCUCUAAAAACUGCAGCAAUAAAAUAAAUAAUAAAAUAAGUAAUAAAUUACUCACUAAACACGUUUUUUUGUGUUAUUAAAGUGUGUGUGUGUGUGGUGUGUGUGUGUGUGUGUGUGUCUGUCUAAUAGGAUUCCUUACGUUGGCCUGGUUUCUGUGGCGUGACGGUUCUGACCUUUGACUUGUUCGCCGGCUCCGUCUCCGCGGUCACAAACAAAAUUCACCGGCCAACUUCUGUUCUGGUGAUGUGAUACUUAGACAUUAAAGAAAAAACAUAACUUCUCAGAAAUCAACUUAAAAACAAAUCAAAGUGACACACGAAGAAGGUUCCACCGCUUCUAUGUUGACGGCCGUUCAGGAUUUAAAGCUGCAGUGUGUAAUAUUUGGUGCCAUCUGGUGGCGAAGUUGCAAACCGCAACCAACUUUGCAUUAUUAAUUCAUUAUUAAUGAAAAGGAAAACAUCAAUCCAGUCAUUCUGACGUACAGGUGCAGCAGAAUGAGCCUGACUUCAGACGAGGCUGAGUGAACCGUGAUUGGCUCCGUUGCAGGAAGCAGCAGCAGCAGGGUAAAGGGAUUAGCAUCCAUGGCUAAUUUGGAGCCACGCCAGCUGGUGACAUUGUGGUGGAUUCGACCAAUAACAAAGCUCUCAGACCGGGCUGUCUCGGCUCAGCACAUGAUCCACCUGACACCUUAAACCCCUGAGAUGAAUCUCUCCCUCCUCUGACGGUCUGUUUCUGCCCUCCACCUCGCAACACCUCGCUCACAUCGACGUCUGUGCGUCAGGGUUUUUGUUUAAAGCUUCAUCUUGAACGCAGCUUUUCUGGAUUAAAGGAGGGCAGAAAACGGUGGAAAUGAAGUGAAGGAGGGAAAGUUUUGAUACCGAGGCUCAGCCUGAGACACUCGUUGUGUCUGUCUGUAGUGUUUCCUCUUCACAGCCACAGACCAACUCAGCUGCACAGGUGAGCACUGAGAUACAUUAUCUGUUUAGAAGGUGUUUUUUAUAGAAAUAGUUCCUCUUCAUGACAGAGACGGGGAAGUACGCCAACGUAACAAAGUUGUCAUUUAUUGGAAAGUUAAAGAUUUGCUGACUUAAAUCAAUAUUUUAGCCACCGGGGUUGGAUAAAAUGAUACAAUAACGCUACCUGGAAUUCAGUACUGGUCCCUAAUGAUAUCUUUUCUCUGUAAUUUACUGCCUGAAGAUAAAUAGUGCAUUCAUGUGGUGAAGACAGAUCCACAACUCAGAAAAUUGCUUUGGUUCACAGAUUGCCUGAGGUAGUGAAAGGUUGCCAUGUUUCAUUUCUAGUAUAACUUUGGUAUCAAACCGUUCACUCACAUUUCUGUACAGCAACCGUUAAGAUAUAGUCUGCAGCUGGUUAGCUUAGAUAUGCAUAAAUAGUAAUACUUUCCUGAAGAAGCUCUGCUGUUCUCAAAGCUCAGGCUAAUCCAGUUACCUCAAACAGGCGUCGCCAGUCGGCCAGAUCCUUGUUAAACGUCAACUCACUGACCUAAAGGAUGUAUAUUACACGAUGAAAGAUCCUCACAACUGACUCUCAAUCUUUUCACGUAGAGAAUAACGUCACCAUGCCGACUGUGAAGAGCAAGAAGAAGAAGCCAAAGAAGGAGAUCAGCGAUGCGGAGGAGCCGGGAGAAGGGGGCUUGGAGGUGGAGGUGGAGAUGGAGGACGUGACCAACAAGUGCCGCUCUGACAGCAGAGACCUCUUGACCCCGGAGCCACAAGACCCAGCACCACAGAAGAAGAAGAAAAAGAAGAAGGCGUCGACUAUCGACCAGGAAGCGGACCAUGGCGACGUGCCGAACGGCGACACGGCCGACGCAGCCGUGGAAGGAGAGGAUACGGCUGUUCCUGUGACCAGGAAGACGAAGAGGAAGAGGAAGGUGAAGGCCACGGAGCACUACAGCGACGACCUUGGAGCUGAAGACGAUGACAUUAUCACCGACGCCCAGUCUCCCAUCCCCCAGCAUUCUCUGUUCUCCGCUCCCCAUGGACACAGCCAGCCGGUCGGCCGAGUCUUCGUGGAGCGGAACAGGCGUUUCCAGGCGGAGAGGGUGGAGCACCUCCGACACUCGGAGCUGAUGGACGACUACAUGGACCCGAGACAGAUCUGGACCACCAGAGAUGUCGCUAUGAGGGUCCACAGCGGCUUCAGGGUGAUUGGCCUCUUCUCCCACGGCUUCCUCGCCGGUUACGCCGUGUGGAACAUCAUCGUCGUGUACGUGCUGGCGGGCGAACAGAUGACCACGCUGCCCAACCUGCUGCAGCAGUACCACCUGCUGGCCUAUCCCGCCCAGUCGCUGCUAUACCUGCUGCUCGCCAUCAGCACCGUGUCGGCGUUUGACAGAGUGAACCUGGCCAAGGCCUCCAUGGCCCUGAGAGGCUUCCUCUCCCUGGACCCUGCUGCUCUGGCCUCCUUCUUGUAUUUCAUUGCCCUGAUCCUGUCGCUCAGUCAACAAAUGACCAGCGAUCGCAUUAAUCUUUAUCCUACAGCCAACGAGACUCUAUGGCCUCCGGGUUCAGAGGAGCAGAUCCUGCGGCCGUGGAUCGUAGUGAACCUGGUGGUGGCGCUGCUGGUCGGCCUGGCCUGGGCAGUCGUGUCCACGCGGCCGGACAUCGACUACACAGAAGAGUUUUUGAUGACGAUGGAAGUGGAGGGAUACCCGAGAGGAGACGAGAACAUGGACGUUCCCGCCUGAAGACAGAUCUUCUCUGGUGACAAAACCUGUUGUCUUCUUCUUGCUCUUCACUUCCUGUUUGUUUUUGUAUCAUUCAUAGUGUCUUGUUUUCCCGGGAGUCAUUUUGUAAAUAAAGAAAUGUGGUUCUUGUUUCAGUAA